ACUUGUCACUCUCUGCUAUUCACCCUAACCUCAGUUUCCAUUUCCUAUAUAAGGCCAGACCCAUUAUCCUCCAUUGCAUCAACCUCUCAGCACUCAAUCUUCUCUCUUCCAAUCCUGGUCUUAUACCCCUCUCUCUCUCUCUCAAUGGCUAUUCCAGCAAUCUCCAUUGCUUCUCUUCUUCUCUUGUUCUUCAAUUUGUGCCUUCGAGGCACCUAUGGUGACUAUGGAGGGUGGGACAGUGCUCAUGCUACUUUCUAUGGUGGGGGCGAUGCAUCCGGGACAAUGGGGGGUGCAUGUGGGUAUGGCAAUUUGUACAGCCAAGGCUAUGGGACCAACACUGCAGCACUAAGCACUGCUUUAUUCAACAAUGGCUUGAGCUGUGGAUCGUGCUAUGAGAUGAAGUGUAAUGAUGACCCGAAAUGGUGUCUCCCGGGCACCAUUACUGUCACUGCCACAAACUUCUGCCCUCCAAACCCUUCCCAGCCUAAUGACAAUGGUGGCUGGUGCAAUCCACCCCGCCAGCACUUUGACAUGGCUGAGCCUGCAUUCCUGCAAAUUGCUCAAUACCGAGCUGGAAUUGUUCCUGUUUCCUUUCGAAGGGUGCCCUGUGUGAAGAAAGGAGGGAUAAGGUUUACAAUCAAUGGUCACUCCUACUUCAACCUGGUCCUGAUCACCAACGUCGGCGGUGCAGGGGAUGUCCAUUCAGUGUCCAUUAAGGGGUCUAACACAGGGUGGCAACCCAUGUCAAGGAACUGGGGCCAAAACUGGCAGAGCAAUUCCUACCUCAAUGGUCAAUCUCUCUCUUUUCAGGUCACCACCAGUGAUGGAAGGACUCUGACCAGCAACAAUGUCGUCCCGGCCGAUUGGCAAUUCGGGCAAACAUUUUCUGGGGGUCAAUUUUAAGCUUCUAAGAUAAUCAGACAUGGUCAAAUUUGUAUAUGGUGUUUAAAGUUGAGGUUAAGUGCGACAAGGAGUGGCUCAGGGACUGCGGUUGGCUCUUUAGCUGUGGUGGCUAGCUAGUUAGCACCCGCUAUGGCCUAUAUAUGUGUGUGUAGAAGUGAUUUACAUAGAAACAAUCAGAUACUUAGAGUUGAUAUAGUCAAUUCUAUAUAGUUAGGAUAAAUGUGUGUUGCGUCGGAUCGAGAUAUUAAAUUGGUAGACUUUAAAUAUAGGCCACUUGAAUAUCAUAUAAGGUCCGUCAAUUUAACCCCCAACUUGGGGCAACUUCUUGUAACUGAAGUACCCUUUGAUAUAUUGAAGGAUUGGGGGCAUUGCCUUUUCUUUAUCUAAUGUGUCAUCUUUUUUUUUUUUU